AUGAGGAACGACCGUGGAAAACGCGGGGGCAAAGGGGGAGCCAAAGGUGGGAAAGGGGACAGCCGAGGAGGCCAGCCACGGCGGGGCGGUCGCGGCGGUGGCGGUGGCGGCAGCGGCAAGCGCGCAGCAGGAUCGGCGGACGCCGCAGCAGGAGUAGGAAAUGGCAAUGCCCCCUCCGCCGUUUCCAACGCUCAAAGGAGGGCGGGUUCUCGCGCGAACAAGAAGGCCAAGACGGGAGAGCCCGGCGUGCUGUGGAGCCCGGGGAAGGGCAAGGGGCCAGAAGGCCGCGCUUCGCUUGACACCGGCGGUUGGCGCAACGGCGACGUGCAUAAUCUCUCGGUUCUCGCGAAGGAUUUCAAGGAGCGAUACGGCGAAGAAGUGGAUGCCCCGGACGAUGACGACGAUGAUGGAAUGACGACCGGCAGUAGCGUUUUCGAGACCCCCAAGCGCAAGGGCAGAUUGAGCGGCGACGCCAAGCCUCGAACGCCCGUAGAGGAGGCGGCGCGGUCCAUGUCUCCGGCCCGGCUCGCGGCCGAAGCCCAGAGGGCGAGAGCACGCGCAAGGGAGGAACGCUUCGGCGGCGGCGGCGGCGGCGGCGGCGGUGGUGGUGGCUCAUCAUCCAAGCCGCCGUCCUCCCUGGCGCCACCGGCUAGACCGUUUCCCGUUGGCAAGCCACCGGACGCGCCGCGAGGAGCACCACGGGCAGCAGCGGUGUCGAAGGCGCCCAUGAAUCGCGCGGCAGGCGGCCAGGGCGACAAGAACGGAAAGGGAACAAACGCUGCUGUGACAACCACGUCGUCUCAAGCUCAGCAGCCUCAGGGCGGGAAAGGCAUCGUUCGCACAGCGGCCCCUAAGGGUUCGACGCCUGCAAUCGGACCCGGCGGGUCUUCUAGUGGUUCGGCGCCGACGGCAGUGUCGCCUGUGGCGGCACCACAAGGAGCAACUUUUCCGGUUUCGGUAACCAGUGCUGCCGUAACCGUGCCCGCCCUUGUCACGCCGGACGCUGAGGAGGUGGAUGCGAGCGCAGCUAGCAAAACGGGCAGCAGGGCCGCUGUCACAGCAGUACAAGCAGAGGCGAUCCCUAUGGACGAGACGCCGGCGGCGGCAAUAAGCGCCGCCGCACCUAAGAGACCCGCGGCGGAGGGCGGAGACGUCGCCGCGGCGGAACCGCCCGUGAAGAAGAUUUAG